UUGACUUGCUUUGGAGCUUCGCAACUUUUUUCGUCGGACAAAAUGAUAAUUUCUGCCGAUGUCCCACCCCCACCCCUGCAGCUGAAUGCUGCACUGCUGGUUCCGUUGCUUUUUGCUUUCUGGCCUCGCCUAAGUGUGACGGACAGCGACAGUGAGGCGGGCAUGCGUGGGGGAUAGCCCAGAAAAUUGAAACGUGCAGGCAGCUGUACGUCUCUCUAAUUUCCCCCUUCUUUCUUUCCUUCUCCUCUGUAUAAUCCGGCAUUCCAUCUGUGAAUAGCCUCAAUUCCUGCCCACCGUGUCACGAUGGCUGCACCCCUCUCAACAUGCCUGGAUGCCAGCCCUGCCCUCUGAAUCGGCGGUCGCUGCUUCUAGGCCACGCCCCCUGUCCCACCUCACGAACGUCAUAACUGAUAAGGAAAGAGGAGGACAGGACAGGGGAUAAAAAAUGAAAUUCCACCUCACCUCACCAUGGCUUUCGCCUGCGUCGCGCAGCCUUCAUCAAGACAAUUCCUCUGCCUCCUCCCCGUCCUGCGACUUCUACUCGACAAUUGGAAGUCCUAGGUGACCCUGAGUCGCCUCCCGCUUCUGCCCAUGGAAACGCCUGUGACCAGUGGCAUGUCCACGACUAAGCAUCCUAGUCCAACACCACCGACAGUGGAGACGACAACUUCUUUGCAAAGUUCUGGCCCAGAUCUGGCACAGACAAAUCAACCUCCUACAAAUCCUCCCUCGACGGCCAAUACCACCCACACUGCGAGUAUUCCCAAAUUGAAACCUCGUACGGCGUCACAUACCCUCUCCUCUGCUGCGGGAGGACUCCAUCCAACAACACGAAAAGGCCGAUAUGCGGAGCCAGGCACAACGGAAACUCAUUCAGACCACGCCAGUAUUUCCAUGCCCCCUCCUCAACACAGACCCUCUAUAUCACGGUCGCGAACCUCUUCAACAUACAGUCAGCGAGUGAACGUGGCGGAUUUGAAGGCGGUGGUGGGUACAAGCAGGAGGACAAGCAGAGACGAUUUUGCCGUGGAAGAUAUUGAUACCCCAAAACUCUACCCGGGAAGCAUGGCGGACGAAUCGCAGAAGCUCUCUCAGUUGCCAGACCCGGCCCUGAGGCAGAGACCCUCAAUGUCAGAGAUUGACUCGAAGAGAAUGUCGGUGUCUUCUGUCUAUUCUCUGAGUUCAGCGCGGGCAGGUGGAGCACCAAGUUCGAUUGCUUCCGCAAAUGGCUCGGAACCUGGCACAGGAGCGACAGCAGCGUCGACAAUUGGUGGGAGAACACCAUCAGGCGCACUAUCCCCCAAUACCAAAGGCCAACAGGCGGAACCUGGGACAUCUGCUGUCUCUGUCACUACUUCUUCUACAAGUCAAUUCUCUACCCAAGGACAUACUGGCCACCAACUCACACCUCGAGAAACUCCACAAGCAGCAAACGAGAUUGCGAAACGGAAUGCUGUCCAAAGAGGAGAAGGAGCGCCUAGGAGUCAACCACCAGGAAGAUCUCGUAGUCGAGCAAAGAGAAGAUUCAGUGGAAGCACAGGCGCAAGCAGCCACAGUCCGAGCAGUGAGAGAGGAAUGCACUCCAAGAAAGACAAGGACGAGGAGAAGGCAGCCUCGAUCGGAAUCAUUGGCGUAUGUGCGCUUGAUGUUAAGGCUCGAAGUAAGCCAAGUCGGAAUAUCUUGAAUCGCCUGAUAUCAAAGGGUGAGUUUGAGGUGGUUGUGUUUGGCGACAAGGUUAUUUUGGACGAAGAUGUGGAGAAUUGGCCUGUCUGCGACUUCUUGAUAUCAUUCUACUCCGACGGCUUUCCCUUGGAUAAGGCAAUUGCUUAUGUGAAAGCUCGGAAGCCGUUUUGCGUCAAUGAUGUACCCAUGCAGAAAAUUUUGUGGGAUCGCCGAAUCUGCUUGAUGAUCUUGGACAAGAUCAAUGUUCCCACCCCGAAGCGAGUAGAAGUCAACAGAGAUGGUGGACCAAGCAUCCUGACCGCGGAUAUGGCGCAACACUUGAAGGAUACGACAGGAGUGGUUCUUGAAGGUCCGGAAGAUGGCACGGGUGGUCAAUGUAAAGCUCCUCGAAAGGUCGAACUUCUCGAUGACGGAGACACUUUGAGUGUGGACGGAACACUCCUAGCCAAGCCAUUUGUCGAAAAGCCAAUCAGUGGCGAGGACCACAACAUCUGCAUUUAUUUCCCCAAGAGCCAAGGUGGGGGAGCCCGAAAGCUGUUUCGCAAGAUCGGCAACAAGAGCUCUGAGUGGGUCGAGGAUAUGAAUAUUCCAAGGGCAAUUCUAGAACCAGGAAGCAGUUAUCUUUAUGAGAAGUUCAUGAAAGUUGACAACUCUGAAGAUGUCAAGGCAUAUACCGUCGGACCAAAUUACUGUCACGCUGAGACUCGAAAGUCGCCAGUCGUUGAUGGCCUGGUUAGACGAAAUACUCAUGGCAAGGAAAUUCGGUACAUCACCAGCUUAUCUAAAGAUGAAACUGCAAUGGCAAGCCGCAUCGCCACAAGCUUCGGGCAGCGAGUCUGCGGGUUCGACUUACUGCGCGCAGAGGGGAAGAGUUUCGUAAUCGACGUGAAUGGUUGGAGUUUCGUCAAAGAUAACGAAGAAUACUAUGACCAAUGUGCGAGGAUUCUUAAAGAUAUGUUUAUCAAGGAAAAGCAAAAGCAGCUGGGCGUUUCAUCUGGUAUCCCUUCGGGAGUUGCUUCACCUCAGCCAGAUGGAGCUAUCAGUCCAGUAAGCCGAAAAGACACAUUUCCCAAGGAGGGCCAUCGAUCUGCACUUCAGCAGAUUCUCGCCAAAUCGCCAAGCAUGUCUAAACUUCACGCACAUGCACAUCAUCACAAGAAAUCGACACCUCAUGGUGGUUCACCGGAUGUCUCUGCCGCACCGACUCCAAGAACUUCUCCUCCUGGAACAGAUAGAGGCAUUUCGUUACCAACGGUUCCAGCCCAAACCCUGCUACCGCCUCCUGCUGUUACUCUCCCGAAUAGCGCGCCAUCUACAGCUCCGUCAACAGUCCCAUCGACUCCUACACCAGCAACCAGCACCACAAAUGGCGAGAUGGCACCUCCACCACCUCCAGCACCAAAGCAUACUUGGAAGCUGAAGGGCGUAGUGUCCGUGGUCCGUCAUGCAGAUCGAACACCAAAGCAGAAAUACAAGUUUACUUUCCAUACCAGACCAUUUAUAGAUUUGUUGAAGGGGCAUCAAGAAGAAGUACUUCUCACAGGCGAGGCUGCUCUUGACAGUGUGGCCGUUGCGGUUGACGAAGCACUCCAAGAGGGAGUUGAAGAUCGUGAGAAGCUCCGGACACUCAAGAAUGUACUCGCCAAGAAGGGUGGAUGGGCUGGCACGAAGGUCCAGAUCAAGCCUAUGUUCCGAAAGCGAAAGCCAGAAGAGCUACUGGUCACUACCCUGGGAUCUCUCGAUGAAGCAGGAAUCAAUGAUGUCUCAGACGCACUACAGGAUCUCAAAAACCAUAGCACUAAUGCUGCUGAGGACAGCCAUGAAGAUGGCGAAGAGCCUGUGGGUAGAUCACCAAAGAGGCAAGAUUCAUUGUCCGGCGUCACACUUUCCAGAAUAACAGCCGCAGAGAACAGUCUCAUUCUGGAUAAGCUACAACUGAUCGUCAAGUGGGGUGGAGAGCCUACGCAUUCAGCGAGAUAUCAAUCUCAAGAAUUGGGAGAGAAUAUGCGCAAUGAUCUCCAAUUGAUGAAUAAGGAGGUUCUUGAUGAGGUUCAUGUUUUCAGCAGUUCUGAGCGACGUGUCACCACAAGCGCGCAAAUCUGGGCUUCUGCUUUCACUGACCAAAAGGAACUUCCACCUGAUUUUAUCACUGUCCGCAAGGAUCUCCUCGAUGAUUCUAAUGCCGCAAAGGAUGAGAUGGAUAAAGUGAAGAAGAAGCUGAAGAGUUUACUCCGCCAGGGUAACGAAGCCCCGCCACAAUUUGCAUGGCCCACAAACAUGCCAGAGCCUUCAAUCGUGCAGAGAUAUGUGGUCCAGCUUAUGAAGUUUCACCGAAGGGUCAUGCGUGCCAAUUACAGCAAACUCUAUGGAGGAGCUUCAUCGUCCCUGAAUGCAAUUGCUAACCCUGGCGAUAAAGAGAAAGGAGAAUCAGCCCCGGCUGGUGGUGCACUCGCGCAAGCUACAGCAACUGGCAACAUUCAAUCUCGUUGGUGCUGUGGUGAAGAUGCUGAGCUGUUCAAGGAGAGAUGGGAGAAGCUGUUCGGUGAAUUCUGUGAUGCGGAAAAGGUUGAUCCAAGCAAGAUUUCUGAGUUGUAUGAUACCAUGAAGUUCGACGCUCUACACAAUCGUCAAUUCCUGGAAUGGGUCUUCACACCAAGCAAAACCAUUCUUGCGGAAGAAGAGGAGGCCAUUGCAGCAGAAUCCAAGGGUAUUGAGAAGCAAAAAGAGCAACCCAGAGAACCAGAGGAGGCUGUUGUUGACAGUCAAACUGUUUCUUUUGAGAAGUCCGAUACGAAUAAAAGCCUUCAUAGACGAAUGUUUAGACGCCGCUCUGUUAUGGUUGGAAGCAAGACUGCUGAAGAGACACCCGAGCAAUACUUCCGAUUGUUUACAGGCAGUAGUCAGACCAAGGCGAAGACUGAUGCUAGACUCGAGAAGCUGAGAGAGUUGUACAAGAUGGCCAAGGUUCUGUUCGAUUACAUCUGUCCUCAAGAAUAUGGAAUGACAGAUGCCGAGAAGCUCGAGAUUGGAUUAUUGACAUCACUUCCUCUACUCAAGGAGAUCGUCCAAGACCUUGAAGAAAUGCAAGCUUCCGACGAUGCCAAAUCAUUCAUCUACUUCACCAAGGAGUCGCACAUCUACACACUUCUCAAUUGUAUCCUUGAAGGUGGUAUUCAGACAAAGAUAAAGCGAAGUGCCAUUCCGGAACUCGACUACCUCUCGCAUAUAUCCUUUGAGCUGUACGAAUCGGAGAACAAAACACCACCUGGUGUCGAGGAUGUUGCAAAGUACGCCUACUCGAUUCGCAUCACCAUCAGUCCCGGUUGCCAUACUUUCGACCCGCUAGAUGUACAGCUAGACAGCAAGCAUUGCAUCAGCUGCGCACCAAGACGAAGCUUGACUUCACAUAUGGAAUGGACGGAAGUCAUCGAUUCAUUACGGGCGAAGUUCCAUCAAGUCAAACUCCCCAAAAGCUUCCUAGCAGUCAACCUCAGCGAAUCGCACACUUUCCACAAGAAAGAAGAGCAAGAAGACCAACUCUCACCAACCAGCACCACCAUCAACAAAGGCGACUCCCACAACACGACGCAGAGUCCCGCAGAGCUCCAAGAAGAGGCUGCUCUAAGCGAAGAUUUCUACAGAAGGCCGAGUAGUCUGAAUACCCCACCGACGAAAAAUACCCUGGAGCAGAUGCAGACUCAAUCGACUGAGGCGCCACCGCCCCCAACAAAUCAAGAUGCUAGUACUUCUUGAUUUCUCGACCGAACUUGGAAAAAUAAGUGGGGAGUCCAACGAAAGACCCCUACACCGUCUGUCUGUCUCCUUACCUCGCCGUGCUGCAGACUCCACAACCAGCCCCUCGGGAUUAUGACACUUGUUCUUGGUGUCUCUCUCACCGCUCGCUGACGCCGAUGUUCUCAUUUUCAAGCGCCUGGUCAUAUCGUGUCGCGUAGCGUGUCAUCGCAUGUCAUCUCACCCAUGCAUGUUAAUGCAAAUCCGAAAACUGACAGGUCACUUUCCGCCUUUCUGGACGCGCUGUCUGUUGGGGAGGGAAGGGGAGGGAAGGGGAUGGGGAAGGGUCCUUCCUUAUUCCCGACUUAUUGUCUGAUUGACUUACCGCCUGGCUACUUGCUUGCGUGCUUGCUUGCUUGCUUACUUACGCUCGUCCUCAUUUACUUCUCGGAUGGAUCUCUUCCGAGGACUUUUCGUCUGAUGUUCUAGUUCUAGUUCUAGUUUAGAGUGCGAGAAGGUGUGAGUGGAAGUGGGUGUUGUGGUGUUGCGGAUAGAUUAAUUUGAUGGGUGGCGGGAGAUGGGCGGCGGCGCUUAGAGGAUACACUAAUGGAUGAGUGGAUGGAUGGUUGGUUGGUUGGUUGGUGGGUGGAUGGUAAAUCUCGGGAUGCUCAUUCAUUUUCAUGGUUAACGAAAUGAAUUGAAUUUGGAAUUGAUGGGUUUUGAUGGUGGUGGUGUGGUGGUGGAACGGAACGGUGUAUAACGGUUCAUACACGGCCAGGUCAACCAGUCAGUCAGUCAGUCCGUUUUAAAAAGAGUAUACACACACAUACGAGGCGUAUCUAGAUUUUUUUCCGACAUGUAAAGAGUGAGUGAGUGGGUGAGUGGGUGAGUGGAUGGGUGGAUGGGUGGAUGGCUGUACAUAUGCAUAAUUCACAUACUUACUCGCGAGCUGUGAUCGAGUAGAAAUGAAAACAUGUUAUGAGAAAAUUCUAGAGUUUAGAUUACACACACGGCGGCGCUUAGGUAUACUUGUCAUCUGGUCGUCUGGUCAUCUGAAGCGCUGGAACGUUGGAGCGUUGCCAAUCGAAGUCUUGAGGUGAGGUGUUCUCAAAUAGGUGAGUGAAUGAGAUCCUGGAAUCUGGGAAUAAGAAACGAAAGUGGAGGUGAGUUGAGAAGUCAGAUCUGAUGGUGAUUGGGAGUGAGAGGUGAGGUGAGAUGUGAUGUGGGAUGUGAGAUGGGAUGUGAGAUGGGAUGUGUUAUGAGAAGUGAGAGGUCGUUUUCAGGGUCCUCGUUGAGAGUGGCGUCCGUGGCUGUCGUGGCUAUCGUGGCGCAGGGGUAAACGGUAUGGGGGCUGGGAAGGGAAACGGAGAGGGAGAUUUUCAUCGUUGGAGGUCGAAAGCAUUGCAUUGGAGUGGAGUGGACCACUCAUUCCCAAGUUUUGCUUUUCGACUCUGCCUUUCUUCCCUCCUGCAAACCAUUCAUUUAGGCGUCUGGCUGUUUCUCCUUCCGAGGGGUUUCUUUUCUUUUUUACCAUUCUUUUAUCCGUUGCUUUCCUUGCUAGGUGGUGUGGUUUUUAGGUUGAUGGAUUGAUCAUUUAAUAUAAUAGAACA